AGGGGGUUAUGACUUUUUCAUAAAGAAUAUUCUGAUCUCCACCAUUUGAUCAAAAAAAUGACAAGCAAAACAAAUUUUGGUCUUAUAGUUUUUGGGGUGUAUUUUUUGGUGUGUGUCAUCUUUCAUAUUCAUUUUUUUUAUAAUUUUUAUCAAGAAAUAUGCGGUUGCCAAGAGGCAAGGGGACUAAAUAAUAUUCCCAAACCCUGUAUUCCUCGUAAUUGCAAACGGAAAAUAUUGGGAAGUUAUUAUCAAGUGAUGAUUGUCAAAGGUGUGAAUUAUUGAUACCGUAUGGAGCAAAUAAACUUGAAUUAUAAAUAGACACGUAGUAGGUUUAUGAUAAGGUCAGGUUAUAUUAAUAUAGUAGAUAGCGUAGUCGGUAGUGACAAUUAGUCUUGUAAUGAUUUCCGGUCACGAGUGAUAAAUAUGGACCGAAAUGUUCCUUUAGUCGUAGUGAACUAGACCUUGGAACUACUUUUCCUCAACAGAUUGUCAUGCGUACACAAAAGCAAUGUUGUUCUCGAAAAGUUUAUUCUGUAAUAUCUGUCUGUGUAUUUUGUAUGACUGUUGUCAGCGUUUUCUUCAUCAACCAAUCAAUGAUCGUCCUAUAUUUUGACCCGCCUACCUACUUGUGUCCGUAUUUCAGAGGAGGACUAGGAAAUCUCAUGUUCAUGUAUGCUUCACUUUAUGGAAUCGCUAAAAAUAAGAGAAUGAUAUUAGUUCUCGAAAAGAAGGACCAUAUCAACACAGUUUUCCCAAACUUAGACGUACUCAAAUUGAAUAAUACGUCAUCAGUUUGUGGUGUCAAUGUUCAAGUAGUAGGUGAAAAAAGACCAUGUGCGUACGAUAUAGAAACAAUUAGUUUUAAUAGAAGGAGAAAUUCACAACAUAGGUCGUAUUUACAAUCGUGGAAAUACUUCGACAUAUUCGAAUCUGAAAUAAGAAAACAGUUUGCUUUUACACAGGAAGUGCAAACUCAAGCACAGUCUAUAAUAAAUAAGUACACUAGUUCUUAUAUCAAACAAAAUGGUAUUUCCGAAUAUUUACAAAUUAUUGGAAUACAUCUCCGAAGGGGAGAUUACUUAAAAGAUUAUAAUAUAAAAUAUGGAUAUCAAACUGUAAAUAAAGAAUAUAUGGAAAAAGCACUGCAAUAUUACCGAUCAAAAUAUAAAAACUGUUUAUUUUUGGUAUUUACCGGACAUUCAAAAGAUGCUGUAAAAUGGCGAGCAGACAAUAUAAACGGAAGUGACGUAAUACACGUGGAAGCUAAUUCACGAAAUGUAGACACGUGUGCGUUAUCCAAAUGUAAUCAUACUAUAAUAACUGUUGGCUCUUUCGGUUGGUGGGCAGCCUGGUUAAAUAAUGGAAAUACAGUGUAUUUUAAAGAUGUUGCGAGACAAAACAGCUCGCUGAGAUCAGAUUUUAGUGAUGAUAUGAAAGACUUUUUCCCGCCAAAUUGGAUAGGUCUGUCUUGAAGACGUGUUUAAAUUAUUCUAUGACAUUGAAUAUGCCAAAAUAAUUAUUUGCAGGUAAAAAAAGCAAACCAAUUAAUGAUGCACGACCGAUGACAUUUGAUUUCAAAUUUGUAUGACGGAAAUAUGUGGACCACAAUAGAACGCAAUUGUUGUGU